GAAUGAAUCAUUUGAAACACUUUCUUAUUCUAUUGCUAUUUUGUCGUUCAACUAAAUUGCAUAAAGUGCCGUAUGGUCAGAAUUUGAUUGUGCUGCUAAUCGAUGGGUUCGGUAGUUCAUUGCUCAAUCAAAGCAACAUCGAAUUCUUUGGAUUCAAAUAUUUGAUGCAGAAUGGUGCCCACACUGAAUAUCUGAAGCCAACUUAUCCAACUCAAAGUUAUCCAAAUUGGAUGAGCCUCAUUUCAGGUAUUCAUCGAUGUCUUUAUGCUGAGAACAACGGAUUCACGGCCGAUUACAUGUGGGAUGAAAAGAGUGAAAGUGGAUUCUAUAGAGGCGAAAAUUCGAACGAUACGGCUCGAAUUUGGUGGGGUGAUAGACCAGCACCGCUAUGGUAUACAGCAGGAAAAGAGAAUGUUGAUGUGCAUUGCUACUGGAUCGCUGGCUGCCAUUUACCGUAUGUCGACAUGAUUGUCCAAGUUCCUCAAACUCGUAAAUUCAAUGCAUCGAUUAGUGAACAGACCGAAUCACUUCCAACUCACUUCAUAGAAAUGGUAGAGCGAAUAACCAGGUAUCAAGCAUACAAGCAACAGUUAUUUCUUGUUCGGUAUGCGGGUGUCGAAAGUGCUUUGCGACUGUUCGGUUCACAUAGUGAUGAAGCAAAACAAGCGCUUUCCCGAGCUGACCUUUAUGUGCAUGACCUUCAGCAAAAGUUGGAAGAAAAAGGUUUGUUCGAAUCAACAAAUCUCAUUGUGCUUUCUGAUCACGGCUUGCACUCUAUCGAUAUCGAAGAGCAGUUCUUCAUCGAAGAAUGCUUAGCUGAUUUUUCAAAGAUCACGAAAGUUGUCAAUUCACAUUCGAUGAUGAUGGUAUUCACUGAUCCCAACGAACUCGAUGAGAUCUUCUUCGAGUUAAAAGUUUGCGAUCAAUGGGCACCAAUGGGGGAUUACGAUGAGGGUGAUAAUCCAUUGGUGAGCGUCUAUCGAACAUCUGAAUUACCCGAGAAGUUUCACUGGAAAAAUUCCAAAUAUAUGCCGGGAAUAAUUAUCCUAACAAAACCUGGAGCAACAGUUCUUACGAGAGAGCUUCCAUCAAUUCCGAUUAGUGAUGAGCAUUCGAGAGAUAUUAGACAAACCGGUGGAUGGGACAAUGACAACCCUGAAAUGCGAGGCAUCUUCAUAGCAAGAGGACCUGGUAGCGAACAUUUUUCUAAAAUUGUGGAAAGGUCAUUCAAAAUCAAUCACACAUCUCCGCCAAUCAAUAUGGUCGAUGUUUAUCAGGUACUGCUCAAUAUUCUUGGCAUUGAAGCACCUCAUCGUCAUAACGGAUCAUGGUCAAAUGUUGAAGAUCUCUUAAGUGGCGGAUGGGAAUCAAGGACGUCUCCACACUCCACCUCGAACGGUUCAUCAGCAUUACGAUCGCUUUCUUGCUUGCUGUUAUUUUUCUCUUUAUCACUGUAUAAUUUUGCUUUGUAA